AUGAUUGCUGUAAAUGAUGGUGCUCUUCUUUCCAACCAUGUCCGUCGAAUCCUAAAGAAAAAUUUCCAUGGAAAGGCUUAUUAUGCGCAUCUAUUAGACCUCUUCAACGAGGUAGAGCUUCAAACGAUUUAUGGACAAAUGAUUGAUGCGACCACUACUACACUUGUUGGAGAGAAAGAUCUCUCAAAAUAUACUUUGUUUCUUAAAUGGCGGAUUCUUCAGUACAAAAGUUCUUAUUAUUCAUUUUACCUUCCAGUUGCAUGUGCCCUCCUUUUGUUGGGAGAAAAUCCGGAUGAUUAUGUUCAAAUGAAAGACAUCCUUGUUGAAAUGGGUAUAUAUUAUCAAAUCCAGAAUGAUUAUCUAGACACUUUUGGUGACCAUAACACGGUUGGAAAGAUUGGAACUGAUAUUGAAGAACGCAAGUGUUCGUGGUUGGUUGCUAAAGCACUCGAACUCGCUAGUGAGGAACAAAAGCAAAUUCUAUACGAAAACUAUGGGAAAAAGGACCAAGCCUGUGUAGAAAAAGUCAAGGAACUAUAUCAUACUCUUAACCUUCAGGGCGUGUAUGAAGAAUAUGAGAAAAUGACCCAUGAGGAGUUCAUGAAGUUAAUUGAAUCUCACCCAAGCAAUGUAUACAAGCAGUGUUGAAAACUUUCAUGGGAAAGAUAUUAAAAGUAGGUCCACAACUAUU